CUAUACACACGUAAAGCGCGAGCCGUGCGGAGGUCAGACGCCCGAAAGGACGGAGCGGAGCGAUGCUGGAGAUGGCGAUGCCGUGGCUGCUGGCCCUGGAAAUCGUGCUUUACUCUGGCUGCUUUAUCUGCGGAAUUAUCUCUGCUGCUUCCCUCACGAUGACUCAGGGUCAGUUCGCCGGGCAGUGCGUCCUCUACGGCAGCGUCUACUACAACAAGUCCACGCAGUCCAUCGGCAUCGAAAGCGCCAGCUCACCCUCCCUUUGCUACUUCGUUUCGGCCAUCUCCAUCUGCGUGUCAGUCUACUGCCUGUCCCUCAUCCUCUACUGGAUCUACAGCAGCUGUGUCGACGGAGAGUUCAAGCGGGGCAGCGUCUGGAUGAGUGUGUCCCUCGGUGCCUGCGGAGUCAUCUCCUUCUUCCUGCUGCUGUCCGGCUGCAUCCUGAGGAUCGGGAGGGACCACCUGUGCCAGUCUCUCCUGCACAGCGUCCCAGCAGUGAACAGUUGCGAAAUGGCACAGAAUAAGACAUGGACCAGCCCUGUCAAUGGACAGCAGUUCUUCCAGGGCUUUGAGAGCGCCGAGAAAUCCGUUUGGGUCAACUUCUUCUUCUGGAUGCUGGUCGUGGUCGUGGUGUCCGUGCAGAGGCGCAGUACCUCAGAGAACAGGCAGGGCGGCGCCGAUUGGAACCCUGCCGAAGCCGAGCCCUUCUUCCACAGGUCCAGCAGAACCUAGUCGACCACAGUGAGCCUCACCUGCCCCCGCCUUGAGCUGCGUGUUUGUUUCUCGUUCCUGGGGAAGCUGUUUUUUUUUCCACUGUGUUUUUAAAUCUACUGCCCCAAACCCAGUGGGUACCUGUCCAGACUUGGGAAUAAACCGGACCACUGGCUGUACUGUGUCUGCUUCUGGCUGUAGUUUGUCUUGUAGAUGGUGUGGAAGGAAGACGCAGGAAGCCCUCUCCUCUUCUGUUUCAGGCUGAAGGCCAUACUGUUCACAGAAUAUAGCCAGAGAACCUGGUAUUACUUUAGAAUCAAUAUAUUAAUAGGAAUUCCAUUAGUAGUGAGUCUCGAACCCUAAUGGUGCUUUUACCCACGGCACUUAAAGCUGAAUGGAAAUAUUUGAAAUGUGAAAAAUAUUGCAAAAUCAAGGAAAUGUCUGAACCCCAAACACACGUGCAUCUUUAAAACAAAUUAUUUAUAAUAUUUUUUUUAUGUAAAAUUUAUAUAAUAUUAUUUAAAAUUUAUGAGCAUUAUGUCCAGUAUGUGCAUACAGUCUCAUUAAGUAUUCUGCCAGAAAUGAAUUACAAUAUACAACGAAUAUUAACAAAAAGGGGGCGGCAUGGUGAUGCCUCACACCUCUGGGAUGCGGGUUCGAGUCUCCGUCUGGGUCACAUGUGUGUGGAGUUUGCAUGUUCUCCCCAUGUCGUCGUGGGGUUUCCUCCGGGUACUCCGGGUUCCCCCCACAGUCCAAAGACAUGCUGAGGCUAAUUGGACUUGCUAAAUUGCCCAUAGGUGUGCAUGUGUGUGUGUGAAUGGUGUGUGAGUGUGCCCUGCGAUGGGCUGGCCCCCCAUCCUGGGUUGUUCCCUGCCUCAUGCCCAUUGCUCCCGGGAUAGGCUCCGGACCCCCCGUGACCUACUGUAGGAUAAGCGGUUUGGAAAAUGGAUGGAUGGAUUAAGAAAAAGAUGUUAAUAAAGACACAAGGCAAAAUAACUACACAAAGUAAUUCAUGUGUAAAU